AAGUACAUUUACACCACAAAAUGUCUUUUGCAGUUGUGUCUGGAGAACAUUUCAAAGAUAAACACUGCGAACCUGUCUGAUUUACUCAACUUAGCCUCUGCACGUCAAGUCCAGAGGGGUGUGUUUGGUAACUGUGCCAUAAAUUUCUGAUUGACAGCCCAAAUUCAAAACAUUAACAGAGGCCCCGCCCCUCCUAUGGCUUCUCUGAAUGAACCGACCAAUCGCGUGUAUUCUGGCGCGGGGUUUCGUCUGGCAGCCCCGCCCACCUCUCUAGCUAACCGAACGGAGAUUGUUUUCCUCUCGGGGAGAUUUUCACUUUGCUGCUCACUGCCCGAAUUGUUUAUUUUAAGUCACACGCCGCCGACAAGUUGCUUUUCACACUCUUCUGUUUUUAAACCAGAGGUGCGGUGGUGGGUCCAAAUAUAACGGAUCGUCAUAUAAUCGCCUGCAAACUUCUGCGCGCUGUUUGGGAGAGUGGUCUCGCAGCUCUCACAAGCAUGAGUUCAUAAUGAAGCGCCGUCUGGAGGAUCAGGACACGGUUUUUGCGUCGCAGCAGCGGAGGCUCACUGGCAACCCGGAGCCUUUCCAGCAUCGCAUCCUGGCCCCCGCCCCCGCUGCUCCAGCCGUGUAUGAAGCCGUGACCGACAACAUGCAACCCACAGCUGGCGUCCAGUACUCCGUCCCCCAGGGAUACCAGGUCCCUACCGUGGCCCAGAACAGUGGCGGUCACAGUCACGCCCCGAGUCCGGCGGUCCACACUGGGCCCCACCAUCACAGCCCCGCCGUUCAGUCCCACGGGCCCUCGGUGAUGUCAGGGCACGGGCACACAGCGGCCCCUCCAUCCUCUGCACAAGGUCACCAGCAGUUCCAGAGGCUUAAGGUGGAAGACGCUUUGUCGUAUUUGGAUCAAGUGAAGCUCCAGUUUGGGAAUCAGCCUCAGGUCUACAAUGACUUUUUAGAUAUAAUGAAAGAGUUCAAGUCGCAAAGCAUCGAUACUCCCGGGGUCAUCAGCAGGGUGUCGCAGCUCUUCAAAGGUCACCCCGACCUCAUCAUGGGGUUCAACACUUUCCUCCCCCCGGGGUACAAGAUCGAGGUCCAGACCAACGACCUGGUCAACGUAACGACGCCAGGUCAGAUCCACCACAUAACGCCGCACGGCAUCUCAGUCCAGAACAUCCCCAUAACGGGAGCAGCCACCCAGCACCCGCCCCAGCUCCCAGCUGCUGCGACAACCACUGCCGCCGCAGCCGCUCCGCCUCUUCUGACGCAGCCAUCCCCAGCCAAGAUGGGCAAGCCUCCUCAGCCACAGGCGCUGACACCAACCGGCCAGACCAAUCCGUCCAUCCCCGCAUACACCUCCCCCCGCUCUCCACCCGUGCAGCUCCACCCGGCCCUCAGUGGGACCCCUGCUGGCCCGCCUAUGCAGAACAACCAGCCCGUGGAGUUCAACCACGCCAUCAACUACGUCAACAAGAUCAAGAACCGCUUCCAGGGCCAGCCAGACAUCUAUAAAGCCUUUCUGGAGAUUCUCCACACGUACCAGAAGGAGCAGCGUAAUGCUAAAGAGGCUGGGGGUAACUAUACACCGGCUCUGACAGAGCAGGAGGUCUACGCUCAGGUGGCCAGGCUCUUCAAGAACCAGGAGGAUCUGCUAUCGGAGUUUGGACAGUUUCUCCCUGAUGCCAAUAGUUCAGCAAUGCUAAGUAAGACCAACGCAGAGAAGGCCGAGUCCGUAAAGAACGACCACGGCCUCACCACCAAAAAGGUGGUGCUCAACAACAAACAGAGGCCCAAUCAGAACGGCUGUCAGAUCCGACGCCACCCGACUCCGGGGCCCACGCCACCCGUCAAGAAAAAGCCCAAGUUACUGAAUCUGAAGGACUCUCCGGUGGCCGAUCCCAGCAAACACGGAGUCGGCACAGAGUCGCUGUUCUUUGAAAAGGUCCGCAAAGCCUUGCGCAGUGCCGAGGCUUACGACAGCUUCUUACGCUGCCUGAUCAUCUUUAACCAAGAGGUGAUCUCCAGGGCUGAACUGGUGCAGCUGGUGCUGCCCUUUUUGGGGAAAUUUCCAGAGCUGUUCAACUGGUUCAAGAACUUCCUGGGCUAUCGCGAAAUGUCCCACAUUGAGACGUACCCCAAGGAACGCGCCACCGAGGGCAUCGCUAUGGAGAUCGAUUACGCUUCCUGUAAGAGGCUGGGUUCCAGCUACAGAGCUCUGCCCAAAAGCUACCAGCAACCCAAGUGCACCGGCAGAACUCCGCUUUGUAAGGAGGUCCUGAAUGACACCUGGGUCUCCUUUCCCUCGUGGUCCGAGGACUCCACGUUUGUCAGCUCCAAGAAAACUCAGUACGAGGAGCACAUCUACAGGUGUGAGGACGAACGCUUCGAGCUGGACGUGGUCCUCGAGACCAACCUGGCCACCAUCAGAGUGCUGGAGACGGUGCAGCGGAAGCUGUCCCGCAUGUCCGCCGAGGAGCAGGCCAAGUUUCGGCUGGACAACACGCUGGGUGGCUCCUCGGAGGUCAUCCACCGCAAGGCCAUCCAGAGGAUAUACGGAGACAAAGCUCCCGACAUCCUCGAUGGCCUGAAGAAGAACCCGGCCGUUUCUGUUCCCAUCGUGCUGAAAAGGUUAAAGACAAAGGAAGAGGAGUGGCGGGAAGCCCAGCGAGGCUUCAACAAGAUCUGGAGGGAGCAGAAUGAGAAGUAUUACCUCAAGUCUCUGGACCACCAAGGCAUCAACUUCAAACAGAACGACACCAAAGUGCUUCGAUCCAAGUCUUUGCUGAAUGAAAUCGAAAGCAUCUAUGAUGAGCGGCAGGAGCAGGUGUCGGAGGAGAACGCCGCGGCCCCCACGGGCCCCCAUCUGACGCUGGCGUACGAGGACAGCCAGAUCCUGGAGGACGCGGCAGCGCUCAUCAUUCACCACGUGAAGCGGCAGACCAGCAUUCAGAAGGAGGACAAGUACAAGAUCAAGCAGAUCAUCUACCACUUCAUCCCCGACAUGCUGUUCGCGCAGCGCGGCGAGCUGUCGGACCUGGAGGAGGAGGAGGAGGAAGAGGACGGCGAGCCGGACGAGGCGGGCGCGUCCAAGAAGCACAACGGCGUCCCAGGCAGCGGGAGCCCCUCCAAGUCCAAGCUGCUGUUCGGCAACACGGCGGCACAGAGGCUGCGCUCGUGCGAGGACGACGCUUACAACCUCUUCUUUGUCAACAACAACUGGUACAUCUUCUUGCGGCUGCACCAGACGCUGUGCUCGCGGCUGCUGAGGCUGUACGAGCAGGCGGAGCGGCAGAUCGACGACGACGUCCGCGAGCGGGACUGGGAGAGGGAGGUGCUGGGGCUGAAGAAGGAGAAGAACGACAACCCCGCCGUCCAGCUGCGACUCAAAGAGCCCAUGGACAUCGAAGUGGAGGAUUACUACUCGGCCUUCCUGGAGAUGGUCCGGAAUUUGCUUGACGGGAACAUGGAGGCGUCUCAGUACGAGGACUCCCUGAGGGAAAUGUUCACCAUACACGCUUACAUCGCCUUCACCAUGGACAAGCUCAUCCAGAGCAUCGUCCGGCAGCUGCAGCACAUAGUGAGCGACGAGAUCUGCGUUCAGGUGACUGACCUGUACCUGGCCGAGAGUGGGAAUGGUGCCACCGGGGGGACCACGUCCGCGCAGCCGUCGAGGAGCCCGGCCGAGGCGGCCUACCAGCGUAAAGCCGAGCAGCUCAUGUCUGACGAGAACUGCUUCAAGGUGAUGUUUUUGAAAAGCAGAAGGCAAGUGCAGCUGACAGUGGAGCUGCUCGACACAGAGGAGGAGAACUCUGACGAGCCCUUGGAGACUGAGCGUUGGUCCGACUACGUUGGACGUUACCUAAACCCGGACUCCACCACUCCGGAGCUGAGGGAGCACCUCGCCCAGAAGCCCGUGUUUCUUCCCAGGAACCUAAGACGGAUCCGGAAGUACCAGAAGGGCAGGGAGCAGAUGGACAAGGAGGCCUGCGAAGGAGGGAAGAAAUCCUUGGAGAAGGAGAAGAUGGAGUGCAUGUUCAAACUAAACUCCUACAAAAUGGUCUACGUCUUUAAGUCUGAGGACUACAUGUAUCGACGCACCGCCCUGAUGAGGGCUCACCAGUCACACGAGAGGGUGAGCACGCGGCUGCACAAGCGCUUCCAGGCCUGGGUGGAUGCCUGGGUCAAAGAGCACGUCACUCGCGACAUGAGCGCCGACACCACCAAGUGGCUGAUGGGCGAAGGGCGCGACGGCCUGCUGCCCUGCUCCACCACGCGCCACCCGGAGGUCCUCCACUUCAUGAACAUCAACAAGUACCGCGUGAAAUACAGCACGCCGAGCAAGGCGCCGUAGCUGACGGCGGCGGGGGGGGGAAGGGAGGAGACAUAGUGGACUCCUGGGGGGAGGUGUGGUCUGAGGCCACAAUGUAGAGGUAGGGAUUAAUAUUGUGAUUUUUUUUUAUUAUUAUUAUUAUUUUUAAAGGCCAACAUGGGAGCAACGCUGAUAUUCACUCCCUCAUGUGUUACAUCCAGGGCGGCAGGAUGACAGAUUUUCUGUUCGUUUCGUUGUUUUACCAGCGUUUUUAGCUGGGCCCAGCUUUUUUUUUUUUUUUUUUUUUCUUUUUUCCCACAGGGCCUUUUGGUGCCAAAACUUAGGAGUGCUCACGUUCCUGAGCUCCAACCAGCACUCAGAGCCACGGCACAAACAUUUUCUUCCUUGAGCCGGUUUCUGACAGGUGGCAGCGAAACGGCGAGUGGUGCUUUCUGGACUUUCCUCCGAACCGAGCUUUGCUUCGGCUCGCCACCAGCCGCCCCUCCAGUCAGAAGCCAUCGGAGCUCCCAUCUUCCUACCUGAGGCGUUAUUUAUGGGAAAAACAAUGAGAUGAAGCAAAGUGCACUUAUCCAGAAGGAGGAAGGGGUUUGGAGGGUCUGGUUCCGACACGACAUUCCCGCGUUCACGACAGAAUCCAGAUCACGCGUCGUCACCGGGUGGAAAGCGGGAGGUUCGGGGGGGUCUGGGUUCACGUUUCUUUUUCCGAAACACACGGCAGCAUUAUUACAGACUGUGCCUGAGCCCUACGCGGUGCUGUCUGGUUACCGCAGGAAAGCACUGUUUCGUUUCAUGUAAUAAAAGCGACAAAAAGUAAAAAAAAAA